AUGAAGAUAAAUCAUAGCUGGACCGGCCCCGGCCUAUGGCCGACCGCUCCGACCCGGCCCGCUACGCCGCCCGCUCCGCCGCCGGCGUGGUCCGCCGCGCCUGCCGUCCUUCGUCCUCUGCCUCCCUCCUCCUCCUCUCCUCCCUCCUCUCCUCUCUUCCGCUCCGCCCUCCUCGCCGGAACCCUAAUCCUCUCCUCCGUCCCCGACGCGACCCACCGUCGAUCCCUGCUCUCCCGCCUCUCCCCUCCCCCUCCUCCCCUCCGCACCCCCGGCCUCCCCCUCCUCCCCCACCUCCGCCGCCGCUCCCCACCCUUCCUCCACCUCUCCCGCGCCCGGAACCCUCGACGACGACUUCUUCUCCGAUCCGACCUCGCCGCGCCGCCUCCGGCGACCGCCGCAGCCUCCCCUCCACCCACGCGCCUCCGCCCAACUCCUCCUUCCUCCUCCUCGCGGCCCCGGCCCCGCCUCCCCAAACCCUACCCAGUUGCCUCCCCCUCCCACUCCUCCCCCUACUUCUUCUCCUACCCCAGCCCCGACCCCUCCUCCUCCUCCUCCUCCUCCGCCGCCGCCGCCCAAAUCGACGGCGACGAUCGCCAUGACCGGAACCUUAACCUCCGGGCCCUCGCCCGGGGGCUCGACCUCGACCGCCGCGACGCCGUCGCGAUCCUCUACCUCAUCGCCCUCCUCUCCUCCGCCCACGCCCUCGCCAUUCUCGGCUACGUCCUCACCUACGCCUCCGCCCUCGGCGUCGUCUUCCUCGCCGUCUCCAACUCCUACCUCCGCCGCCCCGUCCCCGCCGCCAACACCUUCUUUUCCGGCGCCCGCCUCGGUAUCCAGCGGCUAACAGCGUUCGUGUUCCUCCGGUGGGCCGCGCGCGACGCCCUGGUCCAGCUCCUCUGCUUCUGGUUCUUCGCUGACGUCCCCGACCAGACCGACCUGUUCAAGCUCUUCGUCCGGGCCAAGCUCAUGCCUUUCUCGCUGACAUCCGGAAUCGGAUGGCCGUCGUCGCUCGGACCCCACAAUUCGGCUCUCUCGGGGUUCUCCUUCGUGUGGGCGCUGCUCGAUUCCAUGGUCUCGGUCAUUUUCACGGUCGUGCCGUGGGUGGUCGUCAUGGACCGAAACCCUCGGCGGCCCGGACGGGAUGCGGUGAAAGAAGGGUGCUUUUUGGUCUCUCUUAUGCCUUCUCAGGCGAUCUUGAUCAAGUGGUCAGAGACUCUUAUCUGCGGGAGUUUGGGGAGAGCAGUGAUGGUGAUUCUUGCCGGAAAGCUGUUCGGCGGUUUCCUUCAAUCUCUUGCAGAGGUCUAUUUUAUGGUGGUUUGGUUGGUUUUCUACUUCGCGGUGAGGUGUAAAGAUGCGGAGUUGGAGGGACGGAGAUUUGGGCCGGAGGAUUUGGAGGACUGCAUCAAUGCCCUCCGAUGAACUGCCGUCGUUGACGUUUUCUGUUGUAAUUUUUAGAGUUUGUAUUGUUCACGGGCCAUAGCAACCAGGAAGAAGUUCUUACUCCAGGAGUUGUAGCUAAAAGUGAGUACAGUUAUUUUCACUUUACCUGCUUGAUUAUGUGUAUUUUGUAUCUAUUUCGUGCUUGCUAACAUUGUACUAGUCGUAAUUUUCAGAUUUGUCACGACGAUUUGAUCAUAGACCAUCAACUUGUAAUAGUACUCUGAUGUUGUGAUUCCUUCAGACUAUUAUUCAUAUAAUAGAAAGAAUAUAGCAACUUUUCUCUACUUGGAUAUAGCAUUUUAAAGUAUGUUCCAUGUGCAUUUUUAAGUGUAAAUUAUGAAGAAACUCUCAUUGGAUGCUACAUACAUGUCGGCAUGAUACCUUAGCUAUGUUUCACAUAUAUCUUGCUUUUAUCUAUUUUUCUGUUUGGAGAAUAACAAUAUCAGGAGAGAAAGUGAAGCUUCUCUAUUCACUCUCAAUAAAACCAAACAAUCCAUGUUGUGUUGCUUACA